AUGGAAUUAUAUUUGAUUCAAUAUGGUGGAGAAUGGGAUGUGGAACACACUUACAAGAAUUUCUGUGUUGAUGGUGUGUUUCUCGAUACGCAGUGCGAUUUUAAUGGUAUGAGUUCCGAAGUGAAUAAGGUUCUCAAAGUUGACUCAACUACGACUACGAUCGAAAUAAAAUAUGUUGUGAAAGAGAAUUAUCCGCCGAUAAAGAUAUAUGAUGACCGAACCUUGCUAAUGUAUACGGAACUGAGAAGAAAAAGUUCAAAAUUCACUGAUUUUCCUCUUUGUAUAUCGGUUUGUGAUAAUUCUCAAGGCGGUACAGAUUCAAAUCCGAAUACUAUGCAAUCUAACUUGAAUGUUAUCCAGGAUAUGCCUGAGAUUGACAACCUGGAAACUAUUGAGUUGAUCACUACUGGAAGUGGAGAGGAUAGUGACUAUGUGAUAUUUGCGGAAGAUUCCAUAAUCGACGAUAAUUUUCAUCUGGAUGUGAGUGAAGAGCAACUAUACAAAAAUAAAGAAACACUCAAAAAUGUGAUGAACAAUUAUGCCGUCCGAAAUGAUUUUCAGUUCAAAGUCAUACGGUCAAGCACGACAAGAUAUUAUAUUGCAUGUGUGGAUGAUCAGUGUGAUUGGAGUUUAAAGUCAUCAAGCCUUCAUACAUCAAAAAUAUUCAAGGUGAGGGAGUUUAAUGAUGUUCACUUAGUUUAUACUCCUAGAGAUAUUCAGCGGGACAUGAAAAGGGAAUUAGGAGUUGAUUUUAACUACAUGAAGGCUUGGAGGUCGAGAGAAAAGGCACUUGAAUUAUUGAGAUGUAAACCAAGCGAUUCAUAUCAAAAACUUCCGAAAUACUUCUAUAUGUUGACUCAAUCAAAUCCUGGAUCAGUGGUAAAUUUGGUAAAGUCAGAGGACGGACGAUUCUUGUAUGGUUAUGUUGCAUUGUACGGAUCAAUUAAAGGGUGGGAGUACUGCAGGCCUGUUUUACUCGUUGAUGGUAGUUUUCUGAAAUCUACACACAGGGGGACCAUAUUAACAGCUUGCACGCAGGAUGCAGCGGGUAAAAUAUUCCCGCUAGCGCAUGCAAUUGUUGAUUCGGAGACUAAUGAGUCAUGGGAGUGGUUCUUCCAAAAUUUACGACAAACAUUUGGGUCAAGGGAAGGGCUGUGCAUUGUAUCUGACCGACACGAAAGCAUCUUGAGGGCCACUAAGGUAGUGUAUCCGGGUGUACCUCACUGUGUAUGCAUAUACCAUUUGUGGAACAACAUAAAGACGAAUUUUAAGAAAAGGCAGAAGCAGCUAAAGGAUGUAUUUUUCGCUAUGGCUAAAGCAUACACGGUGGCGGAAUUCGAUCAACACAUGUCAGAAGUCAAUAAGAUUGAUAACAGAGUGAAAGACUAUUUAUUCGAUAUUGGAUAUCAUAGAUGGUCCUUAGCACAUUCCAGUGUGAAAAGAUACAAAGUGAUGACUUCUAAUAUUGCAGAGUCCAUGAAUGCAUCGAAUAAAGAUGCAAGAGAUCUACCUAUAUAUGAUUUGUUGGAUUAUGUGAUGAAUAAUAUUGUGGCGAGUUGA